AUGACUGUUCUCACCGUGUCCCCAGUUCCCCCGGACGAGAUCUUCGCCCUGAACCGCGCCUACACCAACGAUGACUACCCGCAAAAGGUCAACCUCGGUGUAGGUGUUUACCGCACCAACGAGGGCAAGCCAUGGCCUUUGCCCGUUGUCGAGGAAGCAGAGAAGCAGCUUGUCGAGGACAACAACCUCUUCCGCCAUGAGUACACAGCCAUUGAGGGCGACAUUGCCUUUCUCCCGCUGGCACGGGACCUGAUGUUCGGCUUUGACUCCAAAUCCACCUCCGCAAAAGACGAAGCAUUGAAAGCACGCAUUGGCACCGUCCAAACGGUCGCGGGAACCGGCGCAAACCACCUCGGCGCCAUCUUCCUCGCGCGCCACAUGAAGCCUAGAACUGUCUGGCUCUCCAACCCUUCCUGGGCUAACCACCUCACCAUCUGGGAACUCGCCGGCGUUCCCCGCAAGACAUACCCUUAUUACGCCGCCGCCACACGCUCCUUCGACUUCACCGGCAUGAUGUCGACCCUCGAAUCCGAAGCAGAGGAAGGCGACGUCGUUCUUCUCCACGCCUGCGCCCACAACCCCACAGGGCUAGACCCCAACAAGGAGCAAUGGAGAGCCAUCAUCGACCUCUGCGAGCGCAAGCGCCUCUUCCCCUUCUUCGACUCCGCCUACCAGGGCUUCGCCUCGGGUUCCGCAGACGAAGACGCCUGGGCCGUCCGCUACGUCCUCAACGAGAAGCCACAGAUGGAAAUGUGUGUUGCGCAAUCCUUCUCCAAGAACUUCGGCCUCUACGGCCAGCGCGUCGGCGCAUUCCACUACGUCCUCAACGACGGCUCGCAGGAUCUCCGCGACACGGUCGUCGUUAACCUCUGCCACCUCAUUCGCGGGGAAUACUCGAUGGGUCCGACGGCCGGCUGCAGCAUCGUGAAGAAGGUCCUUACGAGCCCUGAGCUCACCGCGCAGUGGCACGAUGAUCUCAAGACCAUGAGCUCGCGCAUUAUCUCCAUGCGCCAGGCUCUGUACAAUGAGCUCGUUCGUCUCCAGACGCCGGGGACGUGGAAGCAUAUCGUUGAACAGAACGGAAUGUUCUCCUACACAGGCCUAACUCCGUCGCAAGUCUACGCGCUCAAGGACAAAUACCACAUCUACCUCCUAAAGUCCGGGAGAGCCUCGAUCAGCGGGCUGAGUCCGAAGAACGUAAACUACGUUGCGAGGGCGAUUGAUGAGGUUGUGAGAAACGUCAACUAA